CAUGGCUUCUCUCCUGUUCUUUUGGAUUCUUUCCAUGCUCUCCCUUACUAGAGCUCAGGAUCGAGCACCCCACGGGAUCGCAUACGAGAACCCUGUGGCUUUCUCACCAUCAGCAUUUGAUUUCUUCCAUCCCAACACUCAACAGCCAAGCUCUGAAAACCCAUGUGGUGCAUCAAAUUGCUCACCAUUGCCUCUAGCAGCUACAGUGCAGUCAAGUCCGGCACAUGAAAGCAGAUCAAAACCGAAUGCCGGAGAGAGCCGGAUGGGAGCUGGUGGCAUUGCUGGCAUUUUGUUUGGUUUUGUAUUUGCCGUGCUUCUGGCAAUGGGUGUUUACUAUGUCGUGAUAACACGCCGAGCCAAUAUGAGUCGAACUGAUUCUGUUCAACCUGACGCUUGAUAGGGUCAGUGGCUUGAUAAGCUGAGUCUCGUCAUCCAGGCCUUCUCUUUUUUCUCUUCUUUCUCCUCUUUUGUGCUUUGGGUUUUCAGUUGUAUCAAUGCAGUUUCUUUGUAUGCCAUAAAUGUCAACCAAUUUUGCUUUA